UCCCAGUGUGCGUUUAGACGCGGAAGGGUGAGGACACGUCUUUUCGCGCUCUCUCCAGCCCUGUCUGGUGUGGUGCUCAGUGGUACUAACUCGAUUUUCUUAAGUAUUGGUGCUUCAGUGAUGCGUUGUUCGUUGCAAUUUCCUUUUCGAGUACGAUACUGUGGUAUACUGAAUCGAUAAACAAGUGUUAACGGUGAGGAUAGCGAGGGUAAACGAAGGAAGACUGGGCCAGGGUGAUCUGUGAAGCACAUUGACUCAGCGUGGUGCGAGGCUGACCCCCACAACACAUACUGUGGCCGCACCAUCACUACCUCCACUAUACACUUCACAGGUCUGCUUUUACAGUUGACUGUUGAGUGCACGCCAGCGGUGCACGCCCAACUACCAGUAAGGGUAGAGAGCCUGUCUUCCAGGAACCAGCCAAGGUGGGUGAAGGCGCGGGUCAGGUCCUUCCAGACCUCCAGCACAAUGUGGUCUCGGUCUUAAAUCUCAAACAAGGAUGGGCGUGGAGUGUGAGCGUGCGUGACCCCCCACAUCAGUGAGGAGGCUGGCGGAGGUGUGAGUGGGAUGGACUCCUGGCGACCCAACCCAAGGGCACCACCCUUCGUGCCCCGCAGGGCACAGGAGGGUCGUCGGGUGGGUCCCAAUAGCAGGAACAGCACUGCUAGCAACAGCAGCGUCUCCGGCAGUGUGUACCACAGACAUCUGCCGCUCCUACUGCCGCGGGGCAGACGUCUGGCCAAGUUACUGCAGGGAGGACUGAUGCUGGUGUUGGUGGCUACGAUCACCAUCAACGUGUCCUUCAUCGUGGACAAGACACGACAACUACGCACGCCCCUCGCCACCACAGGUAGUGAGAGUGACGGAGGCAGUGCUGGCGUGGGCAGGAGGAACAACCUACGUCUUCAGGAGUCGCCUCCCAAGACACUUACUGUCGAUGUUGUCUCCAGUCAGAACCGCGUCGCUGUCACCGUGGACGGUGCCACGAUCGUGGAGGAAGCGGAGGAACGCAAGAGUCGUGGAAUUCACGUAUUGGUGUUGCACCAGGCUAGUGGCGCUGUCAUGGCGCAGCGGGUGUUCGACACCUACUCACCCCACGAGGACGAGGCUAUGACACUCUUCCUCAACAUGGUGUCACCAGGAAGGAUACUCGUCCUGGCAAUCAAGGACGAGGGGACAUUCCAGAUGAAGGGCGGUGGGCGUGACUCUCUACGUCGCCUGGGCAGUGCCCACGCCCACGAGCUGGGCUGGAGGGACAUGUGGGCAUUGGUGAGUGCCAAGGGUGGCAAAGUAUACGCCGAGCAACUCUCCCACAGCCCUGACUUCAACACCUGGGGUGCCCCAGUCAUGCUCAGGGCUGAGGUGCCCCUCGUGCCCCUGGAAGAGAGUGAGUGUGGGUGGCCUGACUCUGAUGAACACCGCCAUCGUCGUGAGUUCUGCAGCCACAUUGAAGGUUAUGGCUCUGUGUGUUCCUGUACCGACCCAGCACCUCUCACCUUCACCACUGAGCCGCUGUUGAACAACCAGGUUCAUGAUGUUCCUGUUGCCAUUAUUGCUAGCAACCGUCCUCAUUACCUGUAUAGGUCAUUGCGUUCCCUGCUAGCAGCACCAGGCGUUAACCCCGACAUGAUCACAGUUUUCAUUGACGGCUACUAUGAAGAACCUCUCGCUGUAACAAAGCUCUUUGGCUUGAGAGGGAUACAGCAUACACCGCUUGGGGUAAGGAAUGCUCGCAUCGCUCAACAUUACAAGGCCUCCCUGACGGCUACCUUCAACAUCUUCCCUGCUGCUCGUUAUGCUAUAAUAUUAGAAGAAGACCUUGAUGUCUCUCCUGACUUCUUUAGCUACUUCAGCCAGACCCUGAGACUGUUAGAAGAGGAUCCAUCCAUAUAUUGUGUAAGUGCGUGGAAUGACCAGGGUUAUGAGCACACCAGCACGGACCCAGCACUUCUCUACCGUGUGGAGACCAUGCCUGGCUUAGGCUGGAUCUUAAAGCGCUCCCUUUAUAAAGAUGAACUAGAACCCAAGUGGCCAACACCAGAAAAGAUGUGGGAUUGGGAUAUGUGGAUGCGUUUAGGCGAGGUGCGACGUGGAAGGGAGUGUAUUGUACCAGACAUAUCUCGCACUUACCAUUUUGGCUCAUCAGGACUGAACAUGAACUCGUAUUUCCAAGACACAUACUUUAAAAAGCAUUCCUUUAAUACUCUGCCCUAUGUUGAGUUACGUGACUUGGACAGUCUGAAAAAGGAGGCAUAUGAAGAGUUGAUAACAGAGAUGCUACGCCGAGGAACAGUUUUGGAUCACUCACAGAGUCCUUGUGAAGAAACAUUUGUCCCAGAUACCACAGGCCACACUUACCUACUCUUCAUUCAGAUGAACCACCAUAAAGAUUAUACUACAUGGUUACAAGUUGCCAAGUGCUUACGUAUAUGGGACCUUGAUGGUCGGGGCUACCAUCAUGGCAUGUGGAGGCUGAACAUCAAAUCAAACCCUCUUCUCAUAGUGGGCGUACCAUUCUCACAGUAUUCGAAAUUCAAGCCAACAGAUCUGAAGCCUUUAUAUAUGGAAGCUCCUGAAAAGGAAAAGGAUAAAACUAAAGCAAAUGAAAAGAAUAUAAUUCACAGAUAACAGUUGGCUGUGAUGGUGCUAGAGCAACAAGUUCCUCUGGUAUAUCAGUGGAAGUCCUGCUGUCUUAGAGAGCAGAGUGUGUGAAAAGACAGGUGAUGAACAACUUUCUAUCUUAUUCAAGGAAAAUUCAAUCAUAAUACCAAGAAAACAGUGAUAGAUACUGAAAUUGGUAAACUCAGUUUAAGUUCCAAAUGGCUAAGUUAAUUUGGCAAGAAAAUAAACAAAGUACAUAUAUAUCUUAAAGUUAAUUAUGUCUACAUGAAGAAAAAAUAUGGUAUGAUAAAAGAUCUCUAAGUAAUAUCUCUUUCCUGAUAAAGUGAUUAAUAUACAUUUCUUUGAGCUAUUAUAUGUUACACUGACGAUGUAAGCUAUGGUGUGGUACACAGAAUAUAUUUUUUUUACAGGCAGUUAUUCUUUAGAAAUUUUGAGGUCUUAUUGGCUACUGUUUUUUUGCCAAAUUUUUUAUAUUUUUUGGGUUAAAUUGGAAUCAAAUGGAUGAUUAAGUAAGAGAGAUACAUAACAGCAGAUCCAAAUAUGUAAAUGAAGCACAAGGAAGGCUGAGGUGAAAAUCUACUACAUACUGCCAAUGGAAUGUAUAUUGCAGUAUUUUUGUAGGCAGUGCAUGAAUGUUAUUUUGUAUGUAUGACUUAGUGACUCACAUUGACAUCUGGAAAAAAAAUAUUUUUUAUUUGACUUAACUGUGGUCCCCCCUCUUUUUUUUUUUUUUUUUUAGGCAACUAAAAAGGGUUUCUAGCUGGACCAAAAACACACGCUGUUUGCAGCUAUUUAGUGUGGGUCAUCCUUAAAGAUUGUGUAUAUUUAUUUAUUUAUUUUUUUUUUUCAACAAGUCGGCCGUCUCCCACCAAGGCAGGGUGACCCAAAAAAGAAAGAAAAUCCCCAAAAAGAAAAUACUUUCAUCAUCAUUCAACACUUUCACCACACUCGCACAUUAUCACUGUUUUUGCAGAGGUGCUCAGAAUACAACAGUCUAGAAGCAUACACAUAUAAAGAUACACAACAUAUCCCUCCAAACUGCCAAUAUCCCAAACCCCUCCUUUAAAGUGCAGGCAUUGUACUUCCCAUUUCCAGGACUCAAGUCCGACUAUAUGAAAAUAACC